AUGGAGCCUCCGGUUAGUAGCUCCCGGGGCCCCAUGGGCCCUCUUCUUUGGAAGCUCGAUUGGCUUGAGUCCCAACACUUGCUGCGCAACCCAGUGAGAGAGAGUUUCGACCUUCUGAAAGAAGAUCUGGAAGGCAUAGACACCUUCCUCCUGGAGCUUUCAGAUGAGGAUGACCCUAACCUUAUGAAGCAGUACUGGAUGAAAGAAGUCCGUGAAAUAUGCUACGACACUGAGGACUACAUUGACUGGCUGUUCCAUUCUCAAUUGAAGAUUGGGUCUGUUGGCGUAGCUCCUCGUCUCAAGAUCAGCCGGCUUCCCAGGACACUGAAUCCGCGCCCAAAUGUCGUCAGCCAAAUCAAGGAACUAAGGGCUCGUCUGCAAGAUGCUAGUGAACGGCACAAGCGGUAUGUCCUUGAUAACAGCACCUCCCCGAGUUCUAGUAACUUUAUGCGUAGCCAUUGGAUUCCAGAGUGGUCAAGGGAGGCUGCUAGCCUUCUUGUGGGUAUCGAUGAUUCUAAGGAAAAGCUUAUCAAGCUGCUGAAUAAUGGAGAGAAGCAGAUGAAUGUCAUAUCUAUUUCUGGGCUGGGAGGUAUAGGGAAGACCACACUUGCGAAGCAAAUUCUUCAAGAGCUUGGAUGGCAGUUUGGAUGCCAUGCUUUUGUGAGAGCGUCAAGGAAGCCUGAUACGAGGAGUCUACUCAGAAGCAUCCUCUCACAAACUGGGUGGCGCCACCAUUCUGAAGCUUGCAAUUCACAGCAACUUACUGAUCAACUCAGCGAACAUCUGCGACAUAGAAGGUACCUUAUUGUAAUUGAUGAUUUAUGGGAUACAGCAGUUUGGGAUUUCCUUCUACGAGCUUUUCCAGAUGUGCCCCAACAAUUCAAAGAUGCUUCAUAUGAAAUCGUAAGAAAAUGUGGUGGUGUUCCUCUAGCAGUAAUUCAUAUAGCUGGACUUUUAACACGCCAACAAGAAAAAUCAGAGGAAUGGGAUUAUGUAGAAAGAUCAUUGGGUUCCAAUUUAAACAUAACUCCUACAUAUGAAGGGAUGAGAAAGGUGAUGAACCUUAGCUACAAUGGUCUUCCCCAGUGUUUGAAGACAUGCCUGCAAUAUGUUUGUAUGUAUCCUGAGAACUGCACAAUUUGGAAGGACGAUCUAGUGAGGAGAUGGGUUGCUGAAGGUUUUAUAGAGGGAGACAGGGAGAGAGACAAUGAAGCAAUUGCACAGAGCCACUUUGAAGAACUGGUCUACAGGGGAAUGAUCCAAGCUAUAGACAUAAACUACAAUGAUCAGGUUUUGUCCUGUAUAGUGCACCCCAUGGUACUUGAUUUUGCAAUAAGCAUGUCUGCAGAAGACAAUUUUAUCACGACAGUAGACUACUCUAAGAAUGCCAGAGAACUUGGUAGCAUGGUUCGGCGGCUGUUGCUUUUCUACAGCAGUGCAAAGUAUGCUGCAAAACUAUCAGGUAUGACACUGUCGCAAGUUCGAUCCCUGGCCUUCUAUCGGUUAGUCAAGUGUUUGCCUUCUAUUCGGGAAUUCAAAUUUCUUCGAGUCCUAGUCCUUCAUUUGUGGGGUGAUCAUGACGAUUCGACAAGAUUGAACCUCUCUGGAAUUGACAGGUUAUUUCAGUUGAAAUACUUGAAGGUAACAUGCAACUUUUGCGUACAACUACCAACCCAGAUGUGGGGGCUAAACCUUUUGGAAACAUUGGAAAUAAACGCAAAAGAAACCUCUGUUCCUGAGGAUAUAGUUCACCUCAAGUACCUAGCACACCUCUGUCUACCUGCAGUGACAAUGCUUCCAUACGGGAUGAGCCGCCUGAGAUCUCUCCGUACCCUGAAACACUUUGAUCUUUGUGGCAGCUCGGAUGAGGAAGUAAAGAGCCUUAAGGAGCUAUCGGUUUUGGAGGAACUUCAACUUGUCUUGACUACAGCAUCAGCUGACAGUGUGGAAAGAAACCUGAAUGUUUUGUUCUCUAUCGUUUGGCUUCUUGAUAACCUCAAAUCUCUGGCUCUGGUUCGUGGUGCCUCAGUCACCAAAGAUUCUGUUCCCAUAAUCAUUGACUCGCGCUGCAUGAGCUGUCCAACGGAUGGUUUUGAGAGACUUGAAUUGCAUCGAGGUACUUGCAUCUUACGCAGACUCCCUAGAUGGAUAGGACAACUGGGAAGAAGCCUCUGCAUUCUCAAGCUCGGAGUCCUAGGGAUCGUAAAGAUAGAUGUGGACAGUUUGGCAGGACUGCAAGUCCUCAAGUUUUUUUCUUUGUAUGUACGGAUACCCACCGUCCAACUCAUCAUCUUUACGAGUGAUGCAUUCCCAGCUCUUGAGUGUUUCAAGUUCAGAAGCGGUGUACUAUGCAUUGCCUUCCAGCCUCGCGCAAUGCCAAAACUUCGCCGGCUAAAACUAAGUUUCAACGCCUACAGUGGAGUGGAGUAUGGCCAUAGUAUGGUUGUUGGCAUCGAGCACCUGCUAAACCUCCAGGAGGUUUCGGGACGAAUUGGGGCAGCAGUUGGUGCUAAGGUAUCUGAUACGAGGAGCGCAGUUUCUACAUUGAGGGGUGCCAUUAGCAGGCACUCGAUGAUUCCUAGGUUAAACAUGAAAACUGUUGAUUGGAUUGAGGAUGACCGUGUGAGAGCAGGGGAUAUGCUUUCGAAGAUGCAGAUCAAUACAUUAUCUGAAGAUCACAGAUUUCCAGGGGGCAAAAUCGGAGGUCAAUACAAAUAUAAAGGUUGA